GAGAGAGAGAGAGGGAGAGAGAUAGGGAAAGAGGAGGAGAGGGAGAGGCAAACGGUGUUUAUUCUCCCCCCUCUAGCCUCCCCGUGUCCCUGUCACUCCAUCCUUCCUCCUCCAUCCUUCCUCCCCUCUUCUGGACCAGCUCCAUCCUUCCUCCCCUCCCGGGACCCCUUAUCUCUCCUCACUUCUCCGUCCCACCAACCACAAACCCCUCACAAGGGACUCCUCUCCUGUCUGCAACUCCAGAGCUGUUGGUGACCAUCUCGUCUGCACAAUAUACACACUGAGCCCAGUUACCAGAAUGUAUUUCUUAUAAGUACACAUCUGGUGAAUGUGCACAGCAAAAUCUGUCGGCAUAACAUCCACACACCCUUUUCUGCUGGAAGGCUGAAAGUCACAGGUCACAUGACCUGGAAGAAAAAACCCAGGAGACUUUUGGGAUCCCUCUUCGCAUGGGCUGGCUAUCAACCUGACGGGAAGUCAAAAGGCUGAUGAGCUCAUCUGAGUCUGCGUGACAUCGCAUUGCUCGGGAGUCCUAUAUGCCCUGGGACCAAAACACCCAGCACAAUUCUAGUGACUGGCUGGCUGGAAAACCACCAUACUCCUUCUCCCUCUGAGGACAUCCCAUCACAGGACCACUCUUACCUCGCUGAGCAUGGAGUCCGCCAAAGUCCAGUCAGAGGGCGGGCUCAAUGUCACGCUCACCAUUCGCCUCCUCAUGCAUGGAAAAGAGGUUGGAAGUAUAAUCGGUAAGAAAGGAGAAACUGUGAAAAAAAUGCGAGAAGAGAGUGGAGCACGGAUCAAUAUCUCAGAAGGCAACUGUCCAGAGAGGAUCGUCACAAUCACCGGACCAACAGACACCAUCUUUAAGGCUUUUGCCAUGAUCGCCUACAAAUUUGAAGAGGACAUAAUCAAUUCCAUGAGUAACAGCCCAGCAACCAGCAAGCCCCCUGUCACCUUAAGGCUUGUUGUGCCAGCCAGCCAGUGUGGCUCCCUCAUAGGGAAAGGAGGUUCCAAAAUCAAAGAAAUGAGAGAGUCGACAGGGGCUCAGGUUCAGGUGGCGGGGGACAUGCUUCCCAACUCCACGGAGCGCGCAGUGACAAUCUCUGGGACCCCAGAAGCCAUCAUCCAGUGUGUUAAACAAAUUUGUGUAGUCAUGCUGGAGUCCCCACCAAAAGGUGCCACUAUUCCUUAUCGCCCAAAGCCUGCUUCCACCCCAGUCAUUUUUUCUGGUGGCCAGGCCUACACAAUUCAGGGACAGUACGCCAUACCACACCCAGAUCAGUUGACCAAGCUCCACCAGUUGGCUAUGCAGCAAACCCCCUUUACCCCUCUUGGACAGACCACCCCUGCUUUCCCUGGUUUGGAUGCCAGUCCUCCAGCCAGCACUCAUGAACUCACCAUUCCAAAUGACCUAAUAGGCUGUAUUAUCGGACGCCAGGGAACGAAAAUAAAUGAGAUUCGACAGAUGUCUGGGGCACAGAUCAAAAUUGCGAAUGCCAUGGAGGGUUCGUCAGAGCGCCAGAUCACCAUCACGGGGACCCCUGCUAACAUCAGCCUGGCCCAGUACCUCAUCAAUGCCAGGUUCAGGGACGUGGCUGCCAUGUGGAAUGACCCCUCAUCCAUGACUACAUCCUGAAGUCACCCCAAAUCUGGUUUUAACAUCAAAACCUCUGUAUUAUCCUGUGGGACUUCCCCUAUACUCACUUGCAUAUCACUUACUGAUUAGCCUGUGAGAAACCAGCAACACUGGCCUUUCUUAAAAAUGAUAUAGCUGGUAUAGAAAUUAAGAGUUUGACAUUUUGGGAAAUAUGCUAUUUCACUAGAAAAGAAAAAAAAUCAACACAAAGACAGCUAGUUAAGCAUACAUUUGGGAAAACAAUGUAUUCCAAAAGGAAACGGAAGCUCCAAGGACAGGCACUGGUAAGGAAAAAAACAGACAGUCAUAGUCACAAUAGAUUUUUAUAGUGAUUGAGUAGCAACCCUCAACAUAUUAACAACAUUUCAACGUUGUAAAUUGACCUGUCCAGGGUCUAUCCCGCCUGUCACCUGGCAACAGUUGGGAUAAGCUCGACCUGCCAUGACCCUGAAUGUAAGGAAGCAGGUUGGAUGAAUCGAUAAUAAUUAUGAGCCAUGGUUCCUCCAUUUCCCAGUAUUCGUGCUAAUUUAAAAGAGAGCAAUGCCCGUUAAACACUUUCAAAUGAGAUUGUUCUGGGAGAAUUCAGUAAUGUGUCAUUAAAACUUGGCAGUUGUAUGAGCCACACACUGCCUCCUUCCAGAUUUCAGUUUACUUUACUUUUUUUAUUAUCUCCACUUCACAUGAAAAGUCAUCUCAAAGUACUUUCACAUGGAAAACAAACCUGGACUGUUCAGUCCAAAUAUAAUACAUUCCUAUUCCAUUCAUUAUCUGCAGAGAAAGAGGAAACUGAUUUUGGAAAGAUGCACUUGGACUAUGCAUUCAUAACUGAUGUGCAAUUGUUGUUGAGUUCAGUUGAUUUUGUUUCACAAAGUACUUCUGCUUUGACUUCCAUAGUGAUCGUGCAACAGAAAUGGAAAUAAAAUAGACAAUGGGAUAUUGUUUUCAUGUUUCUGUCCUGGAAAAGCCCUGAAAGAAAAAAUGCCACUAAGCAAAAAAGUUUAUUUAUGAUUGUUACUAACUGCAGAAACCCCAUCAACUUCAGAACUAACCUGCUAAAUAACCAGGUACACAGUAAAGAAAAACUCUGACAUAACUGUUACUUAUCUUUCCCCUUCAUUCAUACUUUUGUCAUCCUAGAGCAGGGGUAGGCAAUUCCUGGUCCUCGAGGGCCGUGUCCUGCACAUUUUAGACGUGUCCCUUUAGACGUGUCCCUGCUUAAACACAACCCUGAUAGACAUGGCUGUGUCAAGACCUGUGUAGCCCCUGAUGACGUUUUGAUAACGAUUUUCAUUGGAAUCAGGUGUGUUGAAGUAGGGAAAAAUCUAACACAUGCAGGACAGGGGGGGCUCGAGGACCAGGGUUGGGAAACACUGUGCUAGAGUCUAUCACAGCUCUCUUCUGGUGAAACAUGGGUUACACACUGGACGGGUCACUGGUGCAUCACAGGGCCACAUGUGCAGAAAGAUCCACAAAGGCCCACAGUCGCUGAUAUGGUCAAUUCAGAAUCACCAAUCACCUUAACACGCAUGUUUAUGGACUGCAGGAAUAAACCAAAGUACCCGGAAUAAGCUUGUAAGGACAUGCAAAGCCGACCACUGUAGAACCAGUAACCUUCUAGCUGUGAAGCUGCAGUGCUAACCACCAAGCUACUAAGCUGUCCUACUUAUAUUUCAAUCAAUUCCAAUUCGUUGCAUUGGAUUUAUAAUCCAAUUCAUUCUAAUUAAAUUCAAGUCCUCAAUUCUGAGCGCGCACAAGGAAAUGAUGGAGAGCAACAACCUCCUAUUCACAGAAAAAAAACAGUUUUAGAGAAGGAAACCACAUACUGGAGGGUGAAAGGACAGGAAAGAGACACCAACAAAGACAGUACACGCCAAACUGUCCGGUCAAGUUUUUCCACUGAUGCAAAGGUCCAAUAUAGUUUCAGCCAUAGAGUUACAGAGUGAAGAGCAACCUCAAGCGAAGACAUGGUGUCAAAAAACGUAUAGCAGGUAUCAUGACUAAGAUAACGUGAGCAAGAUUAGUUUGGUAACUACAUGUGAUGAAAGGAUCUCCCCUGCAUAG